GCCGCGCGCAAGCGAGCGCCUCGGCUCGGCCCCUUCGUGGACAGGCUGCUUGGAAAGCCCGCGCGGAACGCCUUCGACACCGCCGACGGCAGCGUCGCACGGGUCGAACGGGCCACUGGGGUGCCACAGGGUUGCCCACUGAGCGCGUUCCUUUUCGCGGCGCUCUCGCGGAGGUGCAGGGGGGGGCUUCAGGCGGAGCUGCGCCGGCUUGGCCUGGGCACCAAGAUCGUCGCCUACGCCGGCGACAUCUACGCGGCGGGUCUCGUGACCCACCUGGCGGCUUCGCGGGGCGCCCUUGCGCCGCGGCUUGCUGCGGCGGCAGCCGGUCAGGAUCUGCCGGUGCUUGGGAGCACGUUGUACCGGCGCGACCGCGAGGGCGCCUUCGCCUCUGGCUUCGGGCCAUCAGAGCAGGCUCCCCACCGGGCUGCUACCCUGGUCCGCGACGCCGCGGCCACCCUCAAGCAGGCGCAGGAGAAAGGUCUCUGCUGUCAGGUUGCGGGCGCCAUUCUGCGGCGUGUCACUGUCGGGGCUCCAGUGCACCUCCUGCGCUCGUGCCUAUGGAGCGCCGGCGCCUUGGCCCACUGCGACCAGGCGGUGGCGGAGGCACGGGAGGGCCUCAUCGGCGUGAGCCCGACGCCGCUGCAGCGCCGACUGGGCAAUUUACCCCUUCGAGACGGCGGGGCGGCCUUUGGCCCGGCUACCCCGCGCGCCGCGGCAGCCUCCUUUGCCAGCCUCGACGCCGCCUUCCCGGCUUUGGCGGCAGAUUUGCGGAAGGCGCGCGCGGAGCUCAUGACGCUGUCGCCCCUUUGGCGGCACGGAUACCGGAAGCUGGACUUCAAGCAGGAACCGCCGUCGCACCUUCAGCGGGAGCUCGCGGGCGCCGUGCUGUUCGUGGCGCGGGCGGACCUCCUCAGCCAGCUCCCAGAAGAGGUGCACAGAGGCCGGCUGCGCCAGGGCGGCGGGCCUGGGGCGGGCAGCUUUCUUUGCGCACCCCAGCGCGGAGUGCGCGCGAUGGCAGAUGGGGCGCGGCGCAUGGCCCUGCGCGAGCGCCUUCUUUGCACCGCGGUGGGCGGCGGCGCGGUCGGAAGGUACAACGAUGUGCGGGACAUCCCGUUGCGCUUCGCCGCGAAGUACGUCGACCCCGGGGCGGUCAAGGAGCGGGGCUUGCAGAGCCUGUGCGCGGGGAUGCUGGAGGACGCUCAUGGCGGCGAAGUGCCGGGCGACGUGCUCGACGUGGUCUUCAACCGCGAUGGCAGACGGAUCGCUUUGGGCAUCGCCACUGCGGGCGCCCACCUCGACCUUGCCAGGGCGCGCGCCGCCGCCAGCCACGACGGGGCCGCGGCGGCCCGGGAGGAACGCCGCCGACACGCCGGUCUCAACGCGACGCCGUGCGCGCCUGAGAUCGGUGGCCGGGCUGGCGAGAGCGCUUUGGUCGCCGUCCGCGCGCCGGUGGUCAUGGCUGGCGGCGACGCCGGAGCCCGGGCGAUAGCCGCCGCCCUCUGGCAAGUUAUUAGCAUCGCGCUGGAAUCGGUCGUCGCGUGGCGC